AUGGAUAAUGAACUUAAGCAAUUCAUCCAGCAACAGAAGGCCAGACUGAGCAAAUUAUUGCAAUUUUCUGACCUGUGGCUGGAUCAACAGACAAAAGAUCACAAGACCUAUGACCACACACUCAAGGAAAAUAUCCCUCCAUUUAAGUCGUUCACGGCACAAGGGAAAGAGGAGAGUUGUUGUCUAAGUUUACCUUUGGGUAGAGACUAUGAGAGGAAGAAACAGAAGUUACAUCAAGAGCUCCGUCUGGACUACAGACACUUCAUGGCUCAGGAGCAGAUUGCCUUUCUCAGAGCUCCUCCAGACCUCCCUGAUGUUCACUGCAGCCCCAGACCCCCGGUGCACCCGAAGAGGGUCCCCUCUAGGAGAGAGACGGCCACGCUGAUUGAAGGCAAGAGGGGGCUGCACAGGGGAGGACACUUCCUGGUGGAGGGCAGUGGGAAGGAGGACCUGAGGCCUGAGGAUGAGCUGCUCCUUCCUAGAGAGAAGGCCAGGCUGGUGAGAGUGGACUAUGACUCUGAGGAGGACCUCACAGAGGAAGAUCUGGAUCUUAUGGAGAGGAGGAGGCUCAGACAGACUGGGUCUGAGAGAGGAGAAGAGAGGAGGCGGCUAAGAAGACACUACAAAACGGACUUCAGGGACAUAUCAAGGCUCAGGGACAGGAGAGUUGAGCUGCCUGACGACUACACAGAGACGCGUCAUUAUGCAGACAGGAAGGAGACUAACGGGUCUGUUGUUCCCGAUGAGGAUUACUUAGAGGCACGCUGGGGGACAUCAUCUCUGACCCCCAAAGCCAAGCUGCAGGUACCAGCAGGGAUGAAACCCAAUGGAAGAUCCAGAUCCUCUACCAAGAAGGAUGAGCCCGAAUUUGCUACCGGACUAAUGAUUGGGGCUGCAGAUGCAGAUGCUGCCUUGCAGAGAAGGAAGGAGAGGUACAGGCAGGAGCUGCAGGAGCAGAUAGCUGAACAGCGGAGGAAUAAGAAAAGAGAGAAGGAUUUGGAGCUCAGAGUUGCUGUGACAGGGUCGACUGACCCGGAGAAACAGGCAGAUCGGAUCAAACCGCUUGGGGCAGUGAAUGGUGGCGACCAUGCCGGAAAGAGAAAUGACAGCUUGUACCCACUAGGCCAAGGUGUGGACGUACCAGGUGAUGAGUUAAAUGGGAGACCCAUUGAGGAGAGCCGAGAGAGGCUUCCCCCUGAGCAGCCCCGCGUGGCCUUCCAGUCCCCCCUGCUGGAGUACAGCCACACCCUGGGCCUCAGCAGUAGAGGCAUCUCCCCUUACAGCCAGUCCAUUCACAGGAACAUGGACACCCCCAGGAUUCCAGGUUUCCUUCCUCAUCCACCAUCCACAUUGGCAGAUGCACAUAGAAGUCCCUAUGACAAGGUCUACCUCUACCAUGGAGCAAGGAAUCCACUGGACCCUAAACCGGCCAACUAUGGUCAGAUCCCGCUGACAGGAGGGGGGCAGCCUGUGUCCUACCUGAGCCACCCUCCUCCAGGGCCUCACCCCAGCCAGACACAGCACAGCCCUCCCAGUCAGCACAGUGGGAGCAGCCAUCCAGAGCCCCCUCCACACAGACCUGCCAGUGACGCUGCCAUCAUGGGUUCAGGGAUUGGAGGAUUACCCGCCGAGCAGAUCAAGCCAUCUAAACCGCGUGUGUUAAGUUACAAGGAGGCACUGAGACAACAGAUCCAGGAUAGACAGGAGCAGCGGAGGCUGGACAGGGAGGAGAGGGAUCGGUACGAGGCCAAGCUGGAGGCUGACAUGAAGAACCACGACCCCUGGGGGAGAGGGGGAGGAGGAGCACCCCUCAGAGACAGCAGGGGCAACCUCAUCACCGAUCUGCACCAGAUGCACAAGCAUAAUGAGGAGGCCUACAUCAACCCUGAGACAUGGCAGAAGAUGGCGACAGCCACCAUGACAGUACUCCGAGAGGAGGACACCAGACCUCCCUCCACCCACAGAGUCUCCGGUUUUGUUCAGGCUCCUUUGUUUGCCAGAGGCAGUGUUUUUGGUAACCGGCCCACACCACAGCAAGUCCACGAACAGGACAAGCACAAGGCUUACCUCAAACAACAGAUUGAAGAGAAGCGGAAGAAGGAGGCAGAGGAGCGAGAGAGCCAGAGGCUGGAGGAGGAGAAGGAGGAGAAGAGGCUGUUUGAGCAGAGGGAGCGCAUCCAGAGAGAGUAUGAAGAAGAACAGGACAGGAAGAAGCGCAAGGAGAUGGAGCAAAAAGCCAAGAAUGAGCAGCUGAUCCGUCUGGCUGAGGAGCGAAAGAAAGAGGUGGAGAGGAAGAAGAAAGAGGCAGAGGAGAAGGAGAACUCUGCCCUGAAGAAGCAGUAUGAGAAGGAGAGACAAGCACGUCUAGAGGAGGUACCAAGGGAGCCGUCUCCCCCCAUCCCCACCCUCCGGAAGAGGUAUCAGGCUCCCCAGUACACCCCCAGACCUCCGUCCAUGGACAGCCGCCGCUCUACUGCCGUCUCCCUGUCUGAGCAUUCUCUAUCAGGGCUCCAGUCCCCUCCAGUUCCAGCCCGCUGGAACCAGCUGAGAGCUGCCGAAGACCAGCGGGGUGUGAUCAGUGAACUGUCGGUGCUGCGCAGACAGCUGCGUAGCGAGCAGAAACGCCUGGAGGUCCAGCUACUGCAGUCAGAGUGGGAGGAGCUGGGCUCACCUAUGAGUGAUAGGCUCAGGGACAGGCCCCAGGUGGAUGUGUUUGACAUGGCCAGACUGCGGCUGCAGGCCCCUGUCAGGAGACCCUCCUCCAGGAACACAGAGCCCUACCUGCAUAGGAUCCAUGACUCGCUACAGCUCCGAUACAGAGAUGUUGAUUCCAGAGAGGAGGAAGGUCAUGGUUACUGUGAGCCCCUUAGGGACCGAGCUGGACAGAGGGUGGACAUCCAGAGACGGGCUGGUUACAGGGUGCAGCAGCGCAGGAUCAACAGCCUGAGAGAACCUGUUGACGAUCCCAUGAGGGAAACCUUUCCAGUGCCCCCCACACCUGAGCAGAAGCCCCAGCUCUCAGCCAGGGAGAGGAGGCGGCUGGCCAAGAGGGCAGACCUGCACAAUGAGCGGGUGUGCUUCAGAGAGCCUGUGGACCAGCCAGAGAACUUCUCCCACCAGUCAGAGACCAGUCUCAACACUGAGCAGCAUGGCAGAGGGCAUAACCACCAUAGGACCAAGAGGCUGCCGGCUAUGAGCCGCGGAACAGCAGACCUGUCUAGCGAUGAAGAUGCGUCUCUGCAGGUUUCCCCUUGUGCCCCAGAACCCCGGGGCUCAGUGGAUAUGGUUGCCAUGGAGCCCUGGAUCAGACCAGGCACCUCAGAGACUCUGAAGCGCUUAAUGACCGGUCAGACCCCCCCCCCGAAGGGAGAGGCUGACCAGCAGAGAGUCUGCCGUCCAGGACUGGGAAAGCCCCUCUACCCAUCAUAGCUAACCUUACACACACACACCCUCAGGUUGUACUAUUGAUAUUACAGUUUUUCUGCGCAAAAAAUAAUAACACAAACAUUAGUGCAGACAAACUCAGUUGUAUUGCAACUGUUGUCAAACGCUUUGUACAUCAGCUGUACAACCGAGUGUUUAGGGGGCCUACGUUUCUACACUGCCAUCACUUGAUGCAUCUACGUCAGUGGUCAUGAAGACACAGUAUCUCCUCAACACAGAAGGCUCAUCUGCUUUCGCUUCUAGAUUGAUGUUGACUAACUUAGCCCUGUGCUUUUGUAUCAUGGUAUACCUCUGAAAAUGCCUCUUGUUAAUUUGCAAUGCAGAAUUAAGCUUCUUGUGAAAAACGCAUAGAUUGUACCUUCAUGAAAAAUAUGCAGAUAUUCUGAGAAUGGUAGGCAACUCCAUUCCUAUAAGGACUGUGUGCAGGCAUUUUCUCCAGUCAAACACUAUUGAAGUUGAUUAGUUAAACCUGCCUGUUGCCAUCCUCUGAAAGGUGUAUUAGAAAGUGAUCUAGGGUUGCCUUAGCCUGAUGUCCUGAACUGUUCCAAAGACUCAUAUUUAUUCAUUGUAUAAUAAUGGCACUACCUUUUAAUGUACAUUGUGUUAAUGGCAUGUUUUAAAAUAUGUGAAAAUGUGACCUCAUUUUCAACCUAAUUAAAUUAUUUUAGAUAA